CGCACUGUGGCGAGCAGCCGAUCUGUCAGCAGCGCAUUUAGUGUUGUUGUGCAGUACUGAGGAACCACAGCUGUGAUUAUGAUUGAAUAUAAUGGAGGAAAAUGGACAAAUCACGAACUGAGAUUACUGAGUACACCUACAGAGAUUUGGACUGGACGUAAAAAUGCCACAGGCGUUUGAUCCCACUGCAGAUAUCGGUGUUUUCUGGAUUUAACGCAGUAAAGUUACGGGGAUCUUUGUCAUCCCGGACUAAAGAAAGACAAGGGGGCCUGAAACUACACAGACGUCGGUUGAAGUUGAACUACGGGCUGCGCUAGCUACGUUAGCAUUUAGCUUGGCGUGAACAGUCUUUCUUUAUCCAGUGGGAAGUAGGCUUGUAAAGGGCAACGUUAAAUGUGUAGCGUAACGCAUAACCAGUGACAGUGUGUUUAAUAACUAUCGUGUCUGGUGAUGACUGCUUUGGCAACGUUAGCAGCCGUGCUAAUAGCUAAGCUAGUUGGCUAGAUCUCCGGCAGGGCUAGCUUGUUGUUCCUCUGCUAACUUAGCUUCACUUAAAUGGGAACAAAAAGACAGAGUCCAGUUUAGGUAGUUUGUUUGCUAACUAGAAAACCUAUCUCAGCAGUAAUAUCUGCUCAUAAAAUUUUCAAAAUGGCAUAUUAUAAUUACAAUUCCAGACAAUAAGCAUUUUUUUCUUCCCUGCAUAGACUUUUGCCACCAAGCCUACAAGAGUCCGGAUACAGAUUUAUGUACACUUUGAAAACCUGUGCUUUUACUUUAAAAUAUAUGUUAAUCUGUUACUAAAAUAAUGUCUUUUUGGCUCAAGAAGGAACUUUAGUGUCAGAUUGUGGUUAUUUAUAAGCUGCCAGUUAUCAGUUUGAAAGACAGUACCAGUUGUUUACAUUACAUAAAGUUUUCUUCCCCCACCACCUAUGACCAAACUAUUAUUUUUGUCACCUUUGCUUUUACCAAUAAGGAGGAUUCAAGCAGGUCAUUUCUGUUGACUGGCCCUUUUUUAGUCUGAAAAUUGCACAUCAUUUGGAAGACUGUUAACAGGCAAAACAAGGACUUUAAGCUCGUGGACCCCCAUUCAGUAAGUUAAUGGCAUAACAAGCCUUUGUUUUGGUUCAACUGAGUGGGAUAACACACAAGGGGGUUACCCAACCUUGUGUCCACGGGGGAAGUUUACAGUCACUCUACUUCAGCCCCUGGGCUCAGAUGUGAAUACGAUGGGCAGCCAGGGCAGCCCAGUGAAAAGCUACGACUACCUGCUCAAGUUCCUCCUGGUCGGAGACAGCGAUGUGGGAAAAGGAGAGAUCCUGGACAGUCUGCAGGAUGGAUCAGCCGAGUCCCCGUACGCUUACAGUAGUGGUAUUGACUAUAAAACCACCACCAUUCUUCUGGACGGGAGGAGAGUGAAACUGGAGCUCUGGGACACCUCUGGACAGGGGAGGUUCUGCACCAUCUUUCGCUCAUAUUCCCGCGGUGCACAGGGGAUCCUCCUGGUGUAUGACAUCACCAACAGGUGGUCCUUUGAUGGAAUCGACCGGUGGAUCAGAGAGAUUGAUGAGCAUGCUCCCGGCGUGCCUCGAAUCCUCGUUGGUAACCGGCUACAUCUGGCCUUCAAACGGCAAGUUCCCACCGAGCAGGCGAGGGCGUACGCCGAGAAGAACGGCAUGACUUUCUUCGAGGUGAGCCCUCUGUGCAACUUCAACGUUAUCGAGUCCUUCACAGAGCUGUCGCGCAUCGUCCUGAUGAGGCACGGCAUGGAGAAGUUCUGGAAGCCCAACAGAGUGUUCAGCCUCCAGGACCUGUGCUGCAGAGCCAUCGUGUCGUGCACGCCGGUCCACCUCAUCGACAAGCUCCCGCUUCCCGUCGCCAUCAAGUCCCACCUCAAGUCCUUCUCCAUGGCCAACGGCAUGAACGCCGUCAUGAUGCACGGACGCUCGUACUCGCUGGCCAACCCGGCCGGCGGCUCCAAGGGCAACAGCCUGAAGCGCUCCAAGUCAAUCCGUCCGCCGCAGAGCCCGCCGCAGAACUGCACCCGCAACAACUGUAAAAUCUCCUAACUCGCGGCUUCCUCGGCAGAGGGGUGGGGGGGGUGGAGACAAGGAAUGAUCGACAGCAUGGUGAUCAGGAGUGUACAGGAUGUAGUUAGUUGGCGGAAAAGAGCACAUCCCUGAACCUGAAGAGCUGAAGAGCAGGAAUGACGGAUAAGGGGAUGAAGGAGUGCUACCUCUCACCUUCAUGUUAAAGACCAUGAAGUACUUUUCCAGGUGAAAGUGCGGCCCGGGUAGGGGGAGGGGGGGGGGGCUCCAAUGGUGCCUCAAGAUAUCAGAGGAGAACGACUGCAAGCAUCUUGGUCUGCACACAUCUGACUCUCACUACUACCAACUGCUCAAAUGAGAGAAAGGGAGUUUAAACUACAUGUACAGAAAUCCCUCUCCAACUCAAGCGAACCUAUUUAGUUCAUGAUGCACGCCUCAUUGUGUCUGUGCAUCACAGAAAUCACCUCAAGAUCAAUUCUUCACUUUUAUGUCUCACUUUUUCUUUUCUUUCUUUCUGCCCGUCUGGUUAUAAUUUCACCGGUUUUCUGUCCACACACCUGGUUUUAUUUGCUGUUGUUUUUAAUGACCAAUAAGCUAAUGAUCGAGACACUAGUAACCAGCCAGUCCUUUUUAUUGGUCAUUGUUUAUCCUCAGCUGGCUGUAACAGUUGUGUUUGAACACUCAUCGGAAGGUGAAAUGUUUUAUUUAAUAACACUCGCUGAAUUGAAAUCUUGGUGACAAUAUGAGUGAAGGUUCCCACCCGGUGUUGUAGUAGAAGUAGAGGUCUUCAGGCAAAACUGGACUCCCCCAAAAUCUCCUGAAAGAUCCAGACUUGCUGGCGUGCCUACAUUUUGUAGAGGUGUCUUGUGUCAAUAUAAACACAUGCUGCAUUGUUUUUUUUUAAUGAGCCAGUUGCAACAAACUGGCUUAAAGCACAAAAACAAACCAUGAAUAUGAAAUGGAUGACUGAAAUUUCCCCAGUAACCAGUUCUCACAUUAGAGUUUUAGGUUUCUAUUUUUAUUCUGUGGUAGACACAGACGCCUUGCGGUGAUGAGGGAUCCAAUGAUGCUUGUUGCCGUGGAUACCACUCGACGCUAUGACGAAUAAGUAUCCUAUUUAAAGUCUCUCCACCUUGCUGUGACUAUUAUUAACUUGAUGCCACGUGAAGAAAAUGCUGGCGAUAUUCUGUUUCUUUUCUUCACAUUUGUCAUCAAAUCCCAAUUGUCGUUUUCUUUUUGGCCCAAGAGCUUCUGGGAUUUGUAGUCUGGAGACGCUGCAAAAUGUUUAGGCAUGCCUGCUCUCCAUGGUUUUAGAUUUCACACCUCACCUGUCAUGUCACACCUGCUACAUGCAGCAGGAACGUGCACACACCAGUCCUGGCUAAUUUUAUUUUAACACGUACACACAAUCAACUCGAUCUGCUUUCCAUACAUUGGUUUCAGUGUUGGAGGUGGAGCGAGCAGGAAGCCCAGAUAUGUGAGGGUGUCCUCCGAUGAUGGCGGGAGUGGCAGUGAAAGGUCUGAUGAGUGUAAACAGAAACCAGGCUGAGUAGCUGGACAGGAUCGUGUCAGGUAAAGUGGAAUAUUUCUUGUGUUAACAGUAAACAGUGACCCGUGUUUAUCGGUUUUGUUAUGACCAACUCAUUCAGGAGAUUGUGGUGGUUUAUGUCAAACAAACAGGAGGUAAUAGUGCAUUUGUUGGGGACUAUUUUCAGCGGGGGAUUAAUCCACAUUUGGUGGGGUGUUUGUUAGACAACUCGACGCCGUAGAGGAUUAAGAUAAAUCAGGCUUUGGACACAGUUGUUUUAGUUUUGUGGGAUUUGUUGACAAUAAGAAAAA